GAACAAAGGUGUCCCUCACCUUCCAGACUGAGCCACGUCUGUACCAUGAGUUUCCACACUCAGUGCAAUGAGGACAGCGACUGCGAGGGCUGGCAAACCUGCUGCAAUACCACCUGUGGGAACAGAUGUGUCUUCAAGUUCCUGUCCAGACCGACCCAGUGCCCUGCCUCCACCCGCUUGGACCCAUUCUGUGAGAUGAAGUUGGGAGACGUGUGUCAGAAUGACACUGACUGCCAUGCCUGGUCAUCAUGCUGCAAUGCCACCUGUGGAAAGAGAUGUGUACCUCGUUUCCUCAUGAGCCGUGAUGAUACCUGUCCUGCUCCCCACCGCCUGGAGCCCAUGUGUGACCUGAAACUCGGAGAUCGUUGCAGCGGAGAUGAAGACUGUGAUGCCUGGCAGAGCUGCUGUGAGAGCAAAUGUGGAAAUAUCUGUAUCCCCAGUUUCAUGGAUGAUGAUGAGGAAGGAGAGUGCCCCGCUCCGUCCCGGGUGAAGAGGCAUUCGAAUGUAUCGUGUGUGACAGAUGAGGACUGCGGGAGCUGGGAACAAUGCUGCGACAUGGGCUCUGGGAGGAAAUGUGUUCACAGCAGCUCACUGCACAAGGGAGAGUCCCAGUGCCCACACAGCCGUACCCUGGGCAAGGUCUGUAACAUGACGUUGGGAGAUGAGUGUGAGGCUGAUACUGACUGUGACCGUUGGCAAAUGUGCUGUGACGCUGGCUGUGGAAAAAGAUGUGUUUUCCGAUUCUUCAAAGGAGAGAAUGGGAGCUGCCCGGAUGCCAGGCGCCUUACCCCGAUGUGCAAUGUUAACUACGGCCAGGAGUGUACAAAUGACGAUGACUGUGAUCUGUGGCUCUCGUGCUGUGAGGCCGGAUGUGGGAAGAGAUGUGUCCAUCGGUAUCACAAACGCGGAAAGCGAGACGCAGAGUGUCCCAAACCAUUCCAGAUGCAAAAUAUCUGUGACCGGGACGAUGCCGAGGAGUGUGAGGUAGACGAGGACUGCGCAAGGUGGAAGCAGUGCUGUAACGUCGGGAACUGCGGCAAACGCUGCGUCUAUGGGGUCCACAGGCAAGAGGAAGCCUUUGAAUGUCCAGCAGAAUCUCGUCUCCAGCCCAUUUGUCAGAUGAAACUGGGCUCUCAAUGUUCCACUGAUGACGACUGUGAUAUCUGGCAAAAGUGUUGUGAGACUGGAUGUGGGAGGAGAUGUAUCAUGAGCUUCAAGCCUGGAGUGUCUCCUAAAGGCCAAGGAUCCACAUGUCCGGACACGACCAGACUGCAUUAUGUCUGUCGGAUGAACUUCACCGCCCCCUGCGAUGGAGACGAUUCCUGUGGUCACUGGGCAUCGUGCUGUAACACGGAAUGUGGACCUCGAUGUGUGUCACAGUGGUUUGCGAGAAAGCCUGCUGACCAGUGCCCAGAGGAGGACAGCCUCUCCAUGUUCUGUCAGAUCAGCACCGGGCGUUCCUGUAAUGACAACGGGGACUGUGAUGGAUACCACUCGUGUUGUGAUGCUGGCUGUGGGAAGAAAUGCAUCCCAAAGUGUUUCACAGGAGAGAACAGAACCUGUCCCAUUGCAAGGAGGCUGACGAUGUUGUGCAACACGACCCUGGGAAAAGACUGCAAGAACGACACGCAGUGCGACGUGUGGCAGAGGUGCUGCCUGGCCAAGGGCUGCGGUGGGAAAUGUGUCCCAACAUUCAUCAGGAAAUUUUUGCGAAAGAAAUGCCCAGAACAUUCCCGUGUGUCUUUUCUCUGCAAGAAAAACCGGACUCGAUCGUGUGAGGAUGAUGAUGAUUGUCCUUCCUAUGAACAGUGCUGUGAGAUUGGAUGUGGCAAGAAAUGUGUCUCCUCAUUCAGGCAAGGUGAGAGACCCGGAGAGUGCUCAAGCCCAAGUCAACUGAGCUAUGUGUGUAACACAACUCUGGGCAAGGAAUGUAGAAACGAGAGCGACUGUGGCAGAUGGGGCACGUGUUGCUCUACCCCGUGUGGGCCAAGAUGUGUCCUCAGGCAUUUCAGAAAUGACGACGGGCAGUGCCCACGCCCAGACCAUCUUGCCCGUGUGUGUAACUGCACUUUUGGGAAGGUGUGUGAGUCGGACCAGGAUUGUGCAGGAUCACAAAGAUGCUGUGAUGCUGGGUGUCAGAAACGUUGUGUCCUGUCGUUCUACAGAAAGUCUCAUGGAGACUCGUGGAAAUCUGAGGAAUGUCCGAAUCCGUCCUGCCUGGAUCGUGUCUGCAGGAUGAAUCACAGCAUCUCGUGUGGAGAUGAUGGGGAUUGUGGCAAGUGGAGGUCAUGUUGUGAGACACCUUGUGGUAGACGCUGUGUCCACCCCUUCAUGGGGCAGAGCAGGAGUUUGUCAGUCUCAGAUCGGACAUCUGGAAUGUGUCCUUCUCCUGCUCGCCUCUCUGCCGUGUGUAACCUGAAGUACGGUGAGCUGUGUGAGGAAGAUAAUGACUGCUACGCAUGGCAGAUGUGCUGCAACACCAGCUGUGGGCAACGCUGUGUCCAUUCCUACCGCAGCAGGGGGAGCGAACAAAGGUGUCCCUCACCUUCCAGACUGAGCCACGUCUGUACCAUGAGUUUCCACACUCAGUGCAAUGAGGACAGCGACUGCGAGGGCUGGCAAACCUGCUGCAAUACCACCUGUGGGAACAGAUGUGUCUUCAAGUUCCUGUCCAGACCGACCCAGUGCCCUGCCUCCACCCGCUUGGACCCAUUCUGUGAGAUGAAGUUGGGAGACGUGUGUCAGAAUGACACUGACUGCCAUGCCUGGUCAUCAUGCUGCAAUGCCACCUGUGGAAAGAGAUGUGUACCUCGUUUCCUCAUGAGCCGUGAUGAUACCUGUCCUGCUCCCCACCGCCUGGAGCCCAUGUGUGACCUGAAACUCGGAGAUCGUUGCAGCGGAGAUGAAGACUGUGAUGCCUGGCAGAGCUGCUGUGAGAGCAAAUGUGGAAAUAUCUGUAUCCCCAGUUUCAUGGAUGAUGGUACGUUGUGGGGGUGA